AUGGGAACCCUUUGGUUAUCAACUAAAGAUAAACAUACAAGUUAUGCACAAACUAAUCAAUGCACACCAACAGCAAUAGCUACAUGUGGUUCAUUUCCAUGUAUUCAAACAGGUGAUGCUUAUGCAUGUCUGUGUGCAGACAUGACAGUAAAACCAAGUGCAGCAGAAUGUACUGGUGGUACAGUUGCAACUACUCAAUCACCAAUCGUAAUUCCAAAUGAAUGUGCUAAUGCUGUUUGUCCUGCUGGUGCUACAUGUAUACCAACAAAUCAAAAUCCAUCACAAUAUAUAUGUCUUUGUUCAAAUAAUAUUAUUGCAAAUCCUGAUUGUCCAACAACUCCAUUACCGAAUAAUCCAUGUUUGAUUAAUAACCCAUGUUCAAAUGGGGCAACUUGUGUUGUCAAUCCAUUAAAUCUUCAACCAGUUUGUCUUUGUCCAUCAAAUACUUAUGGACCCAAUUGUCGUCAUGCAUGUCGUCCAACAUGUGAUUCUAGUUGGUGCUAUAAUGGUGGUCGAUGUGUUAAUACACGUGGACAUCCAUAUUGCCUCUGUGGACGACAAUAUCGUGGUCGACGAUGUGAACUUCGAUAUGACAAGUAUAAUUAUGUUUAUUUUCAUCAUCAUCAUUCACGUUGGUAA